GGAGGAGAGGUGAGGAUGGACGGGGUUUGGGGAGCGAAAGAGGCCGCACCUCCGUCCCCUCCCGAAAUUGCAGCGGGCAAAAUGAGUGUGAAGUCAGAACGCCGAGGGAUCCAUGUUGAUCAGUCCGAACUGCUUUGCAAGAAAGGAUGCGGUUACUAUGGCAACGUAGCUUGGCAGGGCUACUGCUCCAAAUGCUGGAGAGAAGAGUACCAAAAAGCCAGGCAGAAGCAAAUCCAGGAAGAUUGGGAGCUUGCUGAGAGACUACAGCGUGAAGAAGAAGAGGCCUAUGCUAAUACUCAGCACACUCAGGGGGCUCAGUCGCUUACUUUCACAAAAUUCGAGGAAAAAAAAACAAGUGAGAAGCUGCGGAAAGUGGCAACAGUGAAGAAAUUCUUUGGAGCAUCUUCGCGUCCUGGAACUAAGAAGGCCAUUCAGGAAUCCAGUUUUAAGGCUGAACAGCUUGAGGAAGAAGUCAGUGCUGAUAAUCUUCUAAGGCAUUUGAAGGAGAUGUUUACUCCGUCUUGGGAGCUUGCUUCUCCUGCUGAAGAAGCCCCGGAAGCUAAAGCACCUAGUCCUUCUAUCAGUAGGCAGGUCAGCAUCGAAACCGAUAGAGUGUCCAAGGACUUCAUUGAAUUUCUUAAGACCUACAAUAAGGCUGGCCAGGAGAUCUACAAGCAGUGCAAACUGUUCCUGGAUACGAUGCAUCGCAAGCGGGAGUUGAGUGUUGAGGAACAGUCUGAAUAUGCUCAGAGCCUCUAUCAGAAUGUGGCAGAUAAGCUACAGACUCGCUGGAAAGUGCCUCCAGAAAAGGUGGAAAAAGUGAUGGAUCAAGUGGAGAAAUACAUAAUGACCCGCUUGUAUAAAUACGUUUUCUGCCCGGAAACCACGGAGGAUGAGAAGAAAGAUCUGGCUGUCCAGAGAAGAAUCAGAGCUUUGCACUGGGUUACUCCACAAAUGCUUUGUGUUCCUGUCAAUGAAGAAAUCCCUGAAGUCUCAGACGUAGUUGUGAAAGCUAUCACAGACAUCAUUGAAAUGGACUCGAAGCGUGUCCCCCGGGACAAGUUGGCCUGCAUCACUAACUGCAGCAAGCACAUAUUUAAUGCCAUCCGGACCACAAAGGCUGAGCCAGCUUCAGCUGAUGACUUUUUGCCCACUCUCAUCUACAUUGUCCUGAAGGGCAACCCACCCCGCCUGCAGUCCAACAUUCAGUACAUUACUCGGUUCUGCAAUCCCAGCAGGCUGAUGACCGGGGAGGAUGGCUAUUACUUUACGAACCUGGAUCUUGAACGUACAGUCUUGAGGCACUAUGGAGAAGCUAUAGGAUGCACAUAUAUCAAGGAAAUCUAA